AUGAAGGACGCGUGUCCCCACAUCACCAAGCUCGAUCCCAGAGGGCUGAAGGUUGUCUUCAUCGACUACAAACCCGAAAACAAGGCGUACAGAUUCUGUGAUCUUAUGGAGGGGCGAGCUCACGUGUCGCGCGACGUCAUCUUUGACGAGAUCACCUUCUGGCAGUGGAACGACGUGACCGAGACAGAUCAAAAUCCAAAUCAAUUCAUGGUGGAGUACCUCGUCACCGAGCCGGGAGAAGGAGGAGCACACCAUCGGGAAUCAUCACUACCGCCAGCAGCUGCAUCGGGCACGCCUAUGCCAACCCCAACCAUAACUUCAACUACACCCCCUAAACCAGUGAAGUUCGCAACACCACGUACUGCGGAUUCGACGCUAGAUGCUAAUCACGAUGAUGGUCUGAUGGCCAAGUAUCAGAGGAUGGAAGACUUAUUGGGAAGAGGUAAACCACCUAGAUUGGCGGUGCUUCAGCUCGAAGAAGAGGUGGCCGAACAAGACGUGGAGUCUAGAGAAUAUGCCGCCACGGACACCGAGCCAUUGGGCUCGAAUCAAAUCUACGAAACGGAUGCUAAAAAUGUGGUUGAAGUCGAUGUAGACGACAACAUUCGAGAAGCGGAAUUGACCGACCUAAUUGUACAGAAUCCAAAAGGAAUAUCCAUUUCUUCAUCUAGAUCAAGCCAAAGAACAUUAUUUCACAGGACGCCUUCUCCAUCCCUCGUCUUUGGAAUGUUACCGAAAGGCGUACCCAUUCCUCCGUCUAGGCCGAGUCAAAGGACGUCAGACUAUCCACCUCCUCCACCGCGUGCAUCAUCUAUCAUUUUAAACAAACAUUCUAAGAUCAAUCUUGGAAUGUUACCGAGAGGUGUACCCAUUCCUCCGUCUGGGCCGAGUCAAAGGACGUCAGACUAUCCACCUCCUCCACCGCAUGCAUCAUCUGUCAUUUUAAACAAACAAUCUAAGAUCAAUUUUGGAAUGUUACCGAAAGGUGUACCAAUUCCUCCGUCUGGGCCGAGUCAAAGAACGUCAGANUAUCCACCUCCUCCACCGCGUGCAUCAUCUGUCAUUUUAAACAAACAAUCUAAGAUAUAUCUUGGAAUGUUACCGAGAGGUGUUCCCAUUCCUCCGCCUGGGCUGAGUCAAAGGACGUCAGACUAUCCACAUCCUCCACCGCAUGCAUCAUCUGUCAUUUUAAACAAACAAUCUAAGAUCAAUUUUGGAAUGUUACCGAAAGGUGUACCCAUUCCUCCGUCUGGGCCGAGUCAUAGGACGUCAGACUAUCCACCUCCUCCACCGCACGUUCUUUGGCCAAAAAUCAACUUUGGAAUGUUACCAAAAGAUGUACCCAUUCCUCCGUCUGGGCCGAGUCAAAGAACGUCAGACUAUCCACCUCCUCCACCGCAUGUUCUUUGGCCUAAAAUCAACUUUGGAAUGUUACCGAAAGGUGUACCCAUUCCUCCGCAUGGGCCGAGCCGAAGAACAUCUGACUAUCCUCCUCCUGCACCAAAUACUCCUUCCAUUACACUACGGAUAUAA